CUCUCCACAGGGCUCCUGUCGCCUCCCGGCGCCUUCGCCAGCUUCCCGCCUGCCUGCUACAAGUACGGUGUGCCUGGAUGUCCAAGGGACUACAACCCAGUUUGUGGGACUGAUGGAGAGACCUACUCAAACGAGUGUGUGCUCUGCCUUUCAAACAGUGAAAAUAAAAAGGAUGUCCAAAUUUUCAAGAUAGGAAGCUGCUAA